AAAAAAGUUGUGAAAAGGAUUAUUAGGAUUUGAAAAUGGACUCGACAGGAGAGAAAAAGAAACGUACGUUUCGUCGGUUUACAUAUCGUGGAGUAGAUUUAGAAACAUUAUUAGAUAUGUCAUCAGAGCAGUUGAUGGAAUUGGUUCAUGCAAGAGCACGUCGACGAUUUCAGAGAGGAUUGAAACGUCGACCAAUGGGAUUAAUUAAGAAACUUCGAAAAGCUAAAAAAGAAGCACCUCCAGGUGAAAAGCCAGAAACUGUAAAAACACAUUUAAGAAACAUGAUUGUAGUUCCUGAAAUGAUUGGAUCAGUAAUUGGCAUUUAUAAUGGAAAAGUAUUUAAUCAAGUUGAAAUUCGACCGGAAAUGGUCGGACAUUAUCUUGGGGAAUUUUCUCUUACAUAUAAACCUACUAAACAUGGACGUCCUGGUAUCGGUGCUACUCAUUCAUCACGAUUUAUUCCAUUGAAAUAA